AUGAUUUCUUGUCGUUGUGCAGCUUGCAAGUAUUUGAGAAGGAGAUGUCCUUCAGAUUGCAUUUUCUCGCCUUAUUUUCCUUCUAAUAAUCCUCGAAGAUUUGCUUGCUUUCCCAGAAUUCAUGGUGCCAGUAAUCAACUCCCAGCACAUUUAAGAGCUGAAGCAGCAAACUCUUUGUAUUAUGAGGCACGGUGCAGAACUCAAGACCCUGUCUAUGGCUGUGUUGGGAUUAUCUCUUUGCUACACCAACAAAUUCACAGUGUAGAAAGCCAACUAGCCAAAACAAGAGCUGAAAUCGCAGUUCUCGAUUCUCUAGCACAAGAACCUGCUCAAAUUCAAGAAAAUGAAGAAGAAGCCAGCUUCAAUAAUUUCUUGCUGGAACAAGACAAUGCAGCUGGCCAUUUUAACCAUUCCACUAAUAUUUCUUCUCACUUUGUGUAA